GAGUGCCCCGGGCAAUCCGAAGGGCAUGCAUUGUAGUGUUUCUGGUGCAUGAACCCAAGUUCAGAGCUAUCUCAAAACGAUAUACACGCAUGGACCAGUCAUCUCAGGGAGCAGGCCGAUUCGGAAAACAGCCAAACAGAGCUGAUUGUGCUAUUAUAGACUUGUUCUCUCCAGUCUCCGACGUUUCAUCGGCUUGGCAGCGGACCAUCGAGCCGGAUGAAUUUGCACGUUUUUAUUCUGGUCACGAUAAACGACAGCUCGAGGUCUUCUGACAAACAAUGAGAAAGUCCUGUGGCAAGGCCUAGGCCCAGUACCUAGUCCAGUUAGUCUGGCACCGGCUUACCCACUGCAAUUUUAGACCUGAGAUGCCUUUUGACGGUUCGAGCUUCGAAAUCUCUCAUCCACUGUGUGCCCAGUCUGGGCGAAUCACUUGGAACCAGGUGACGAGAUUGGCCACUUCUUUCCGGGAGUACGACCGAGCAUCGUCAUAAGCUCGACAGAUUCACAUUUGGCUCUGGUGAACGCGAGAGCGAGCGGUCGGUGGCUUGAAACGCUCGUCCGAGUUUGCUCUUUCGACUCGCCUCAUCUUGGCCUCGUUGAUCAGUUCGUCCGACUGUCGUGUACGUGAAGUCCGGUUCCUCGUUUGACUGCAUCUGCUUCAGAACCCCGCUCGGAGUUUUAAACCUCUGGGGAUCAUUUGAUCGGCUUGGAAUUGCUAGAGCUCAGAUUUGCCUGGCAAAGGCCGCGGGUAGCUGCAGGUAGCCAGUUCCGAAGAUGGUGGCUGAGACGUUUGAUCAUCUUCGGGAAAUGAAGCCGAAGAUGAGGGCCGGAGAGCUGAUCAUUCGACUGAAACGAGCGAGGCAUAUCAAGGGCCAUGAAUUCAUGUGCUUUGGGAAGGCUAAUGUUUUUGCUCUCUUAACAAUCGGUGGUGAGAAGCGUAAGAGCAAGGUCAUCACUAACGGGGGAACGAAUCCGGUGUUCGAGGAGCAGCUGAGCUUCAAGAUAGCCGAGCACGUCCAAUUCUCGCUGUACAGUGUGAUGUACCUACAUUUGUACGAUCAUGACCUCAGAAAAGAUAAACUUCGAGGAACCGUCAAAAUAGAAGUAGCAGAUUUGCUGCAGGCAAACCAGAACGACGUACCGAUACAAAUGUUCCAAGUCAUGCACAAGGAUAAGCCCAGAGGUACCGUGGAGCUCGGGCUCACUUUCAUCCCCUCUAACAGGAAAGCAGGAGCCCUCAUAAAAUCACCUUGAGAGGCCAUCGUGAAGCUGACUGUGCCAACUCUGCUCGACUGCCAUUCUAGCCAACUCGUGUCCGGUCAGAGUGUUCAGUGUGAUGCGCUACUCAGUCGUUCGAGCUGCUGAUCUAGCCCAAUUUACAGACUUGAAACUGCGUCAGGUGAUCAAUCAAUCGCGUGCCUCCAGAAUUUCACGACAACACUGAGCAGAAGUUCUGAGACUGAGUUUCGCAGUCUGCCCUCGAGAGUGCUUCAGAAUAGGGAUCAAUCGCAGCAUGAAUUUACUUUAGACAAGCAUCGAUAAAGUCUUUGCUCGCAGAGAAGAGAAGCCAGGCCGUGCGGUGCUGUGCCCUCAUGUGAAGGAAGAGCCGGUUGCAGGCUACCGACCUGGAAAUUAGUUGAAGAUUUUCUUGACCCAAGAUUUACGUACGUGUGAUCGGUCCUAGAGGAAGGCUUAAACAGGAGUAAGUGAAGUCGAUGAGUUCCUUCUAGCACCUGUAUGCUAUACUAGUGGGAAGCUUCGUAACCGUAGAGAGUUACAUAGUCGAGGUUCAGUCUGAGGAAUUUGGCGAGAGCUUUUCAAUGCAAACAGAUUGCAAUGUGUACGAUCUGAAAAUUAUAGCAUGUGUUUUGCUAUCAC